GGAAAGAGCGAAAAGAAAUGAAUGAAUGAAUGUACGUUACAGCAAAUGCUGUUGUAAAACUGGAUAUUGAUCCUAUUUCGGCAUUUUAAGAUCACAGUUCUCCUGGAAGAAAAACAGCAGUAGAUUAUCACAAUGGGACUGUUGUCUGACCCCAACCGCAGAAAGGCCUUGACCAACCUCUUGACCCGCCUCAACACGCCCAUAUGUAUUGUUUGCUACUUGGCGGCCAUCAUGUGGUUCAUGGGUCUAGCAUUUGAGCCCUUUACGCUACGCACAUACAUGUCAGAGAACGCCAUGGGCUCUACCAUGGUGGAGGAACGGUUCCCCUCUGGAGAAAGAGCCCUGUCCACAGCGAAAGAGUUUGAUGCACACAAACGAAAAGCUGGUGGCAUGCCAGUGGAGUGGCUGGUUAAGACGAUGCAGGCCAGAGGACUGGAAGUGUUCACUCAAACUUUCUCCCGCACGCUGCCCUUCCCUGAUGAGAACAAAGAGCGCUACAUGGUUCGAGGCACUAAUGUGUACGGGAUCUUGCGGGCGCCUCGAGCUCCCAGGACAGAGGCGCUGGUGAUCAGUGCGCCCUGUAGUCCUGGUAACAGCAACAACCAGGCGGUCGGACUUCUGCUGACUCUCGCACAGUAUUUCAGGAGUCAGGUUUACUGGGCCAAAGACAUAAUAUUCUUGGUGAAUGAACAUGAUCUGAUUGGCACGCAGGCCUGGCUGGAGGGCUACCAUCACACUAACAUUACAGGGAUGGAGUACUCGCCACUGCAGGGUCGGGCGGGGUCGAUUCAAGCUGCACUCUCAUUGGAGCUCAGCAGUGAUGUCAUCACCAGCCUAGACUUGGUUUUAGAAGGGCUCAAUGGUCAGCUUCCCAACCUAGACCUGGCCAACCUCUUCUAUGCCUUCUGCCAGAAGUUAGGUGUUCUGUGCACCAUUCAAGGAAAGCUCCAGAGGAAUGACUGGGACACUGCUGAGGGCUACACCCAUGCGGCUCAGACCCUGAUGCUGAUGGUGUUGAAACAGGCCAGCGGACGUGCUUGGGGUGAUCACGGCUUAUUCCUCCGCUAUCACAUUGAAGCUGCUUCUAUUCAGGGCAUCAACAGUUUCAGACACUACAAGACAGAUGUCACCACUAUUGGCAGGUUGCUGGAGGGAAUGAUCCGCAAAUUGAACAAUCUCCUAGAACGUCUUCAUCAGUCAUAUUUCUUUUAUCUCUUGCCGUCUCUGUCUCGCUUUGUGUCCAUCGGCUACUAUAUGCCGGCGUUUGGCCUCCUGGCAGUCAUCUUACUACUUCGAGCAUUGGAUCUAUGGGUUCAUCUGGGUACACCUGCCCUGGCACAGGUGGAUGGAGUCAGUGAGGUGGAACAGUCAUCCAGUCCAGGGGUGUUGUCCGUGUUGACCCCAGUGGUCAUCAGUCACCUGACAGGCGUGGCGCUCUAUCUGCUUCCAGUUCAGCUGCAGGAGAUGGCCGUGGAGCACUUCCCUGUGUCUGAAACUGAAGCUGUUGUGCUCACUGCCGUGGCCAUAUAUACCGCAGGACUUGCACUGCCGCACAAUGCACAAUGGCUGUUAUCUGGAGAGGGUACAGAGCAGGGCUGGAGGGUGCUGAAACUCACCUCUUUGCUCUAUCUGGCUGUGCUGUUGGGCUGCACGGCUCUCAUUAAUUUCUCUCUUGGAUUCAUCUUGGCCAUCACACUGGUGCCCAUCGCCGCCUGUAUCACACCACACAUGCCCAGAGCUUUGAGCGCGCUGGCUGUGGUGCUGCUCAGUCCUGGCUUUGUGAUCCUCUACUGCGUCUUUAUAUAUCAGGAGCUCAUAGAAUCACCUGUCAGCAUCAGCGAGGGCUGGAUUCUCUUUCUGUCAGUCAUCUCACAGGGCAUUCUUGAUCAUGUCCUCUACAGAUCGCUCGUCUACCCACUUUUAGCUCUUUUCAUUUACCCCUGCUGGCUUAUGUUCUGGAAUAUUCUCUUCUGGAAGUAACCAGAUUGUUUUUAAAACUAAUCCUACUGUGUGCCAGCCAAGAAGAUGUAUUGUUCAGAUGUGGAAAUAAUCUGCCUUCAGAGGUUGGCAGAGAGGAAUCUCCGACCUAACCGAAGUCCAAACAUGGAGAGUUUGUAGCUGAAUUUUUUUGCUCAAUGAAUUAAGUUGAAUGGCCAGUUUUAUUUCUGUCUCUUGUUGGCAUCGUUUGGCCAGACAGCUGAAGUCAUUUGAAUAUGUGCACGAAGGCAUAGAUAGGAUUAUAUGAAUGGAUAUAAAGUAUGCCGUAUAAAACAGACAUGUAUGUUGAUAACCAGACGCCUCAAAAUAAACUUCAGGAAUAUGUUAUGUGUGAAAAUAUGCCACUGAAAAUACUUCAAAGAGUUUCUCUUCAUAAAUAUUUGUUAGUUUUGGAGUUAAAUAACUUCAAACCCUGUACAGUCCACCAAUUACAACAAAAUAACAUGUAUAUAGUAUAUAAAACACCCGAUUAUGUUUUCUUUGUUGUGGUAUUUUUUCAUUAAUUAUUCUUUUGAGUUCCAGUUCAGUGUAGCUCAACCCUAACUCCAACACCUCAGAUUUUCUGAUUCAGUAAAUUGAAUUAUUGAAUUCAUUACAUGUCAUGCAAGAAUGUCUUCAUAUAUACAAUGUGUAUAUAUAAACCCUUUUGGUUUUUAAAGGUAAUUUUCAAAAUAUGUAUAGGAAUUUCUACUUUACAAUUAUGUUUAAUUGAUUAUUGCAUCACUAUUCAAGCUUUCGCGCACUAAUUCUAAUAAAACCGUUUGG